UGGCGCCGGGAGCCGCCCCGCUGCCGCCGCUGCUCCCGCAUGGAGCCGCCCGCCUAGGCACGGCCCGCGGCCGCCCCGCCCUCGCUCCAGGUGAUGCCGGUGACCGGAGUGACGAUGCCGCCGGCGAGGCGGCGGCGGCCGCUGCCGAUGGAGGAGGCGGAGAUGAUGAUGAUGAUGAUGAUGAUGGUGAUGGUGAUGAUGGGCUCCGCCGCCCGGCCCUGCCCCUGAGCGGCAGGGAAGCGCCAGCGGCCGGCUCCCCUCCUCCCCCGAGACCGCCCGGCUCCCCCCGGCCGCCGCCUCCCCCACUCCGUCCUCGAUGUCUCCUCCGCGGCGCGGAGCUCCCUCGGCCGCCUCCCCGCCCUGCCGCUCCUCGCCGCCGUCUCCCUCCCGCCCCGCGGCCCGGCGGCUGCCGGACCCCGCCCGGCGGCGGCACCAUGAAGGUGGAAGCGGGGGACAACUCCAUGAUCAACCUGUCGGUGCAGCAAGUGCUGAGCCUGUGGGCUCACGGCACCGUCCUCCGCAGCCUCACGGAGAUGUGGUACUGGGUUUUCCUCUGGGCUCUCUUCUCCUCUCUCUUUGUCCAUGGUGCUGUGGGAGUGUUAAUGUUUGUGAUGCUGCAGAGGCAUAGGCAGGGGAGGCUGAUAUCUGUCAUUGUGGUCAGCAUUGGAUUUCUGGGUUCUGUAACUGGAGCAAUGAUAACCAGUGCUGCAGUAGCUGGAAUUUACAGAGUAGCAGGAAAGAACAUGGCUCCCCUAGAAGCUCUUGUCUUUGGUGUUGGACAGACAGUACUGACAUUAAUUAUCUCAUUUUCAAGAAUUCUUGCAACGCUUUGAAGCUCAUGUAGAAAGGGGGGAGAAAAAUGUCUUCAGUCUGAAGAGAAGCGUCCUGACAGUGGAUUCAUCAGCUUAUGAACUCGAAUUCUGGUGCAAGAGGAAGGAAGCUAUGUGGAAAGUGCACUACAAAUCUCGAGGCUCAGUCAAAUGAGCAGGCUGUCCUCUAGUGUUGGAACUGCUGCACUCCUGCACUGCGCCUUAACGUGCCUCCAUCGCGGGCCGGGGGGAUCCCUGUGAGAUCCAGGGAUGGAGAUGGAGCACCUGCAGCAGCUGCCAGGCAGGUCCCUGCUUGGUGGUGGCAUCACUGUCCUUAACACCUUGGAAGGAAACAGAGGGGCCGUCCUGAAAGCUGCUCCGUGUGCCAAACUUGGGAUUUGAUUCUGAGCGGGUGGCUGGGUAAGCUCUGGAAUGUAGAAGAAUUCUGUGAAUGUGCACAAUUCUCCUUGAAUUCAGGUGAAAUAGCAAGAUAACUGACUUUUGUGUGUUAGAAGAAUCUCUCUGAAUGCUGAAUAUUCUUGUUCAGCAUUCAAAACAACUGUUAGAUCUGUUUCAAAAUGUAGAUUAAUUUUGAUGGGGUUUAAGAACCACAGCUUUAACAACCCUGAUAUAAUUAGCACUGUGUGAAGAAUGGCUCGUGGCAGUUUCGUUCCUUGGCACAUUUCUUUGUGAUUUUAGCCUGUCAGAAAUCAGGAGUUUAGGGUGACUAUAUGAAGGUUACUAAGUACAAGCCAUUGUGUAUGCACAAACAAAUCUUAAACUGUUGCUUUCCUUGAAAUUACUUUGUCUUAAGCAUACACAUGGCUACCAGCCCUUCUGCAAACCUCAGAGAAAGGGUGCUCAUUGCAAAUGAACUCCCUAUAUUUAAUUAAGCGCUGGUAGGACCCUUACCCCUACAUGCAUUCUGUAAGGAAAACACAAAUACAACAAACUGUCAGAGGAAACCUAUGAGGAAAAUGGAAAGGGUUAACAAUAUGAUGUCUUGGUUUUCUACUGAACAAAAAUAUUAAGUGUAAUAAAAUAGUUACCGUACUCCAAAAAUUUGUAAGUGGGGCAGCACUAAUGUAUUUACUACCUUGUUUCUGAACAUUUUGUAUCUUCGGAAAGGUCAAGAUACCUAGAACUUUCAAAUACUUAGCUAUUAGUGGUUUAUGCUUUUCUAGUUUAAAAGGGACUGAGUGGUGUUGUGCAUGUGAAUGUCAUAAAUGUGAGUGUUUGGAGUAAAGAGAAAUUAAGUCUAAUGACUAAUUAUUUAUGAAAUACAAAAUUAAAAGGGCAUAAAGUUCUGUGAAGAAUGAGGAAUCUUUUACAUCUUUUUUCAGCUUAAUGCUUUUCAGAAGUUGUCUCUUAAUGAUGACGGGGAAUAAAUCACUCAAAGGUUUUGCUGUUAUGAUGUCAAAAAGACUUUCAGGACUGUCAUAAACACUGGCACCUACUGCACACCUAAAAGAAUAUGUUUAAAAUAUAACUUGCAAUCCAGUCAUUGCUUAGUACUUUAAAAUAUAAUGAACUAACAUGUCUGCCUUUAUCUUAUUCCACAUUUCUUUAAAGUGCUAGGAAUGCUAAUAGUAUUUGUUUUCUUUAAAAGCAUCAAAGUCUUGUUUGGAAAACAUACAAAGUUAUGGGCUUUGCAGGGAACAAGUUAAAGUAUAGGUUUAUAAAUAUUUUCAGUGUUAUCUUUACUUUUAAUUGCUUCAAAAAUGUGGCUGAAUACAUAUACUGUCACUGUUUUUGAAUGUCUUCAAAAACUUUCCUGUGGUUUGUUUUUUUGUCUUUUGUCUUUUACUUUUUGCUUAUAAUUUUUGGCACAUGACCGUUGCACUUUAAUAGACAAUGAAAUUAUGACAUCUGUAACAACAAUUGAAACUUUCCCCCAUUGUCUUAAAUUGUGAGAAAACUGGUUUCAGGUAUUUAUGUCAAAUUGAAUAAUAAAGUGAUUGAAGAUAUUUUUCCUAAUGUGCCUUGUUACACAUAUGUUUAGGUGAGAGGAUUUAAAAAAAAUUGUCACGUCUUCAUUCUUGUUCUACUUUGAUUAUUUCUGAUUAAUUUGGUUACUUGAUACAGUGUCUUGUUCAACAGAGUUUAAAACAUUUUAUUUGACAACCUGGAAAUGCUUGUCUGGAUCAAAACCAAACGCAUCACGAAGCACUCGCUGUGUUCGGUAAUUUAGAUUGUCUCAUGCCUUUGUCUCACACUGAAACUUAUUCACAUGUUCCAAAUUCUUAAUUUUUAAUCUAAAUGCUUAAUUUUUGUAGGAGGCUAUUAUGCUGCCACUGGCCAAUGGCUGGCUGUCUUUCACUAAGCUAAACUACAGCAGGCUGCUGCCAACUGAUGAGAUACAUGUGCUUGUAAUGAUGAACUUCAUUCUUCAUUUUAAUUACUGUGCCAAUGAAGUUGUUGCUGUUGUAACUCUCCCCCUUGGACAAGGAGGCAUCUUUGCAGGUUUUAAGCUACCUUUCUCCAAAUAAUUUUUUAUUGCAUAGGUACUUGUAUUCACUUUUAGAAUGUUGUUGUGUGUUUAGCUCUCUCUGCGUUGUAUGGCAUUAUUGCCUGGCAAGAGGGGACAGGCAGAUAAUGUAAUGCUUAAGUGGCCUAACAGGGACAAGGCUUUAUUUGAUAGAAGUUUGUUUUCAGCUGUUUGUUGUGAGGAGUUUAUAAUGAUGAAAAGUUUGUCUGUGAAGUGUUCUUUGAUCACAGCAUGAACGUACUGCUUAAUAACUCCAGCAGUGAAAGAGAGUGUAAGUGGCCUUAUGUCUGCAAAACUUGGAACUUUCAUUCCAUAUCCCUAGAAACCGUGUUGUUAAGCAUAAGGUGCUUUAGUCAGUGUUUGUGUGUGUGUCUGUGUAUAUAUUUAUAUUUGAAUGAGUGAAUGGUGGCUUUGUGGAGUGUGUUUUAUACCUGACACUUGCUAACAACUGAAAUAGCUUUUCCAAUAGAAAAUAGAAUUACUUUAGCUAGCCUCCCCUCCCCCUUCCCCUCUUAAUGAAGCUACAAAGGAAUCUUGUGUGUGAAUGGCACUGAUGGUACCCUGGUUCACCCUUGGACAAUGCAGUGUUGUCCACACAGAUGUUUUAGCACUAUCUUCAAUCAGCUCUGCCUGUCUCUGGAUUGUAUCAAAGUGCACAUUCUGCACUGUGCAGAACAAAUAAUGCAUCGACACAGUUUAAUAUUUGGAAGAAGGGGGAGUACUGAAUAUAUUAUUUAAUGUGGAAAAGCUGUUUUUUUUAGGAGCUGCUGCUAUCAAAGAUUUAAACAUUCCACACACUUUUGAUUUAUCAGUAUGAUCAUAGAAUUGUAAAAUACCAGGUUGGAGGGGACCUCAGCCAUGAUCUGGUCCAACCUUUCCUGUCAAUAGCAUGGUCUAGACAAGGUAGCCCAGCACCAAGUCUUUAAAGUGUCCAGUACUGGGGAGUCCAACACUUCCCUGUGAUUUUGUUCCAAUGGCAUUAUUCCAGUGUCCAACUGGAAUAUCACAAAGUAAUUUGUACAUAUUACCCCUCAUCUUUUCCAUGUGACUGCUUGUAAAAAGGGAGUCUCUUCUUUCUAGCCACCCUUUGAAAAUUGGAAUAUGUUGAUAAAGGCUCCCUUAAGCCUUCUUUCUUCAAGGCAGAAUCAGCCCAGUUCUUUGCUUUUCCUCAUAUGUCAGGCUUCCCAGACCUUUGGUUAUCCCCGUGGCCUUUCUCUGGAGUCUUUUCAGCCUGUCCAUGGUUUUGUGUGUUUUUUGCAUGUCAGGGACCAAAGCUAGACAGAGAGAACCCAGUAUUGCAGAUGUGGCCUGUCAAGUGGCUGAGUGAGAUAAUGGUGAUUUUAACUCUGCUGGUGAUGCUCUUGUUGAUCUAGUCCAUCCAUCAUGUCAAUGAUCCUGUUGGCUUCCUUUGCCAUAACAGCACACUGCUCACUCACAUGGAGCUGCUUGUUCACCAGGACCCUCAGAUCCCUUUCCACAGAGCUGCUCCUCAGACAGGUCCAUCCCAGCCUGUGCUGCACUCCUGCAUUGUGUUUUGCCAGGUGCAAGAUGUUACCCUUGUCCUUGUUGAACUUUAGGAAGUUUUCUGUACAUCCUGUCAAUGUCCUUUUAGUUCUCAGUGUGUAUUUUUCUGCUUUUCCAUCUCUGGUACACUUCUCUUGUGGAUUUGAGCAAAUUCAGAGGUUCACAGUUAAACCAAGGAGGUCUCUUGCUCUGCCUCUUUCCUGACCUUAAAGGGGAUGAGCUGGUUUAGUGUUUCCAGGAGACUGUUGGUGAAGAACUCCCAGUACUUUAUCCUCCUUAGCAACCCUUCCCAUGGGCUAUGAGCGUAGUGAAGUUUGCUCUUCUAAAUCUAAAAUGUUUGUUUUAACACUGACCUUCAGCAUGCUCAGCAGGAUCCCAGUACUGUGACCACGGCAGCUGAGGCUGUCCCUGAUUGGAAUUUUACAAAGCAGGUUUCCUUGGCUUGUAAGUAGCAAGUCCAGCAAUGCCCCAUCCUUGAUUGGCACAUCUAACCAUCUUUAUUCCAAAUCUAUCCUCUACAUACUCCAGGAACCUGAUGGAUAACAUGUGGGAUGCUGUAUUGUUCUUCCAACAGGUGUCUAGGCAGCCAAAAUCACACAUAGAACCAGGUUCUGUUGACCCAAAGCUUUCUUAAGUGACCCAAAUAUUGUUUAAUUAGUAUUAUUUCCUUGGAGAUAAUGGAGUUUGGAGGUCAGUAGCAGAUGAGCUUGGAG